AUGCCCAGUUCGCUCUUUGCAGACCUGGAGAGGAACGGGAGCGGCGGUGGCGGCGGUGGCGGUGGUGGUGGAGGAGGAGGAGGCGGCGGCGGCGGCGGCGGCGGUGGUGGCGGCGGCGGAGGUGGAGAAACCCUGGAUGACCAGAGAGCCUUGCAGAUCGCGCUGGAUCAGCUCUCGCUCUUGGGGCUGGACAAUGACGAGACCGGCUCCCUGUACGACAAUGAGCCCCGGAAGAAGAGCGUGAACAUGACUGAGUGUGUGCCGGUGCCCAGCUCGGAACAUGUCGCGGAGAUAGUGGGAAGGCAAGGUUGUAAAAUCAAAGCGCUACGGGCAAAGACCAACACUUACAUCAAGACCCCGGUUCGCGGGGAGGAGCCUGUCUUUGUUGUGACUGGCAGGAAGGAGGACGUAGCUAUGGCCCGGAGGGAGAUCAUCUCGGCCGCGGAGCAUUUCUCCAUGAUCCGCGCCUCCCGGAAUAAAAACACCGCUCUCAAUGGCACGGUGCCCGGGCCGCCCAACCUGCCUGGCCAGACCACCAUCCAGGUGCGGGUGCCCUACCGCGUGGUGGGGCUGGUGGUGGGACCCAAGGGGGCCACCAUCAAGCGGAUCCAGCAGCAGACCCACACCUACAUCGUCACGCCCAGCCGGGACAAGGAGCCCGUGUUCGAGGUGACCGGCAUGCCCGAGAACGUGGACCGGGCUCGGGAGGAGAUCGAGGCGCACAUCGCCCUGCGCACCGGGGGAAUCAUCGAGCUCACCGACGAGAACGACUUCCACGCCAAUGGCACCGACGUGGGCUUUGACCUGCACCACGGGGGCGGCGGGCCCGGCCCCGGGAGCCUCUGGAGCAAGCCUACUCCCAGUAUUACGCCCACCCCGGGUCGCAAGCCCUUCUCCAGCUACCGCAACGACAGCUCCAGCUCUCUGGGCAGCGCCUCCACGGACUCUUACUUUGGCGGGGGGACCGGCGGCAGCACCAGCGCUGCGGCCACCCCACGCCUGACGGACUACAGCCCACCCAGCCCCGCGCUCAGCUUCGCCCACAACGGGAACAAUAACAACGGCAACGGCUAUGUGUACCCCGGAGGAGAGGCGGCCCCCUCCCCGGACUGCUGCGCGGAGCUGCCAGGCUUCGAUCCGGCGCCAGCCCCGCCGCCUGGGGCCCAACUCAUCUGGUCCCAGUUCGAGCGGUCCCCCGGCGGGGGCCCAGCGGCUCCGGUGUCCUCCUCCUGCUCCUCUUCCUCCGCGUCCUCGUCCGCCUCGUCCUCCUCCGUGGUCUUCCCUGGGGGCGGCGGGGGCGCGUCCCCCAAUGCCAACCUGGGGCUGCUGGUGCACCGUCGGCUGCACCCCGGCGUCAGCUGCCCCCGCCUGUCCCCUCCCCUGCACGGCGUGGGGGGCGAGCACCAUCUGGCGCGCCGGGUGCGCAGCGACCCCGGCGGCGGGGGCCUGGGGUACCCCGCUUACGCCAACGGGCUGGGCGCUCACCUGCCCGGCCUCCCGCCGUCGGACUCGUCUGCCUCGUCUUCCUCGUCCAGCUCCUCGUCCAGCUCCUCGUCCUCCUCCUCGGGACUGCGGCGCAAGGGCAGCCGCGAUUGCUCCAUCUGCUUUGAGAGCGAGGUGAUAGCGGCUCUGGUGCCCUGUGGGCACAACCUUUUCUGCAUGGAGUGUGCCAACCGCAUCUGCGAGAAGAGCGAGCCCGAGUGCCCAGUCUGCCACACCGCAGUUACUCAGGCCAUUCGUAUAUUUUCAUAAAGGCAAACACACCCACACACACUCUCCUCUGCCCCUGCAAACACACCCUCUUUUCUCUACCAACCUUACACACUCCCGAGAUCCAAGAUGAGCUUUUAAAGCUGUAGUAUCUGCACAUUUUUUUUUAAUUUAAAAAAUUUU